UAGGCCAAAGGCCCACCUUGGUGCCACCCAAACUGAAGGCCCUCGUCACCGGUCACUUCUGAAAGUCGACACCACACCAAACACUCGCCAACUAAACUCAAACUCGAAUAAAAACCCAGCCUUGCGCCACAGCGCAUGGCUUUCCUUUCACUCUCAUUCCUCUUCUCCACUUCUCGUCUCCGAUUCGUCUCCUCCGAAUAUUCGCCCACUCUCCACGCCACCCCAUUAUCUUCCUCACCAUCACUACUACUCUCUCCUCCUUCGAGACCCAUUCUCUCUCUCUUCACCGCAUCGAGGAGAGAGAAACUCUGUUGCAGAGCGGUGUCGUCGUCGGCGUCGGCGGCGGCUCGGAUGGCUGCGGAGAAGAAGGUUCAGGUGUUCGAUACCAAGGAUGAUCUGGCGGCGGAUUUGGCCAAGUACACCGCCGAUCUCUCCGACAAGUUUACUAAAGAGAGAGGCGCUUUCACCGUUGUUUUGUCCGGCGGAUCUCUCAUCGAUUACCUCAGGAAAUUAGCGGAACCGCCGUAUCUUGAUUCCGUGGACUGGUCAAAGUGGCAUGUCUUUUGGGUGGAUGAGAGAGUUGUGCCAAAGGAUCACGCAGACAGUAACUAUAAACUCGCUUACGAUGGUUUUCUUUCUAAGGUACCAAUCCUUCCUGGUAAUGUUUAUGCCAUCAAUGACGCACUGUCAGCUGAGGGCGCAGCUGACGAUUAUGAAACUGGAUUGAAGCAUUUGGUUAAGAAUGGUGUGGUAGAUUUCUCGGAAGCUAGUGGGUUUCCCAAGUUUGAUCUCAUGCUUCUGGGAAUGGGCCCAGAUGGACAUGUAGCCUCCCUAUUCCCAGGGCACCCUCUUGUCGAGGAAAAGGAGAAAUGGGUUACUUUCAUCAAGGACUCGCCAAAACCGCCCCCAGAGAGAAUCACUUUCACAUUUCCAGUAAUAAACUCUUCUGCUUAUAUCGCACUUGUCGUGACUGGUACCGGUAAAGCAAGCGCUGUGCAAAAAGCUUUGGGAAGUAGUGAAGAUUCUGGUACGCUGCCUGUGGAAUUGGUUUCACCCGCAGGAGAGCUGAAGUGGUUUCUGGACAAGAAUGCUGCCUCAAAGCUGUAGAGUGGGAGAACAUCAAUAAUAAUGCGAAAGAAGAAUAUAUUAGCUUCCGUACUUAUCUUGUGUGGUGUGGUUUGCAAAUAGAUCUUAUAUGUAGUUAUGUCUUUGUAAUCUUGAUGGUAAGAACACACACAGUUAGCCUUUGACAUCUUCCUGAUUCUGGUGGUAACUUUUGAGGUCUUAAAUAAAUCUUUGAGGUCUUAAAUAAAUCAUCACUUGACAUGA